AUGAAUCCUGGACUAAAGCCAGAAAUUUGUAAAGAAUGUGGGAAAGCAUUUUGGAUUACCUCAACCCUUACCCAUCAUCACAAAAUUCACACCAGACACAAGUUUAAUGAGUGUGGAAAAUAUGCUAAAGCUUUUGGCCACUCCUCAAAUGCUAAUGAUAAUCAUAAAAUUCAUACAGGAAAGACAUUUUUCAAAUGUAGUGAAUGUGGCAAUGCCUUUAGAGAGUCCUAUAAUCUUCCUGAGCAUCACAGAACUCAUACUGGUGAAAACUCUCCUAUAUGUAGAGAAUGUUGCAAAGCAUAUAUGAGGUCCUCAAACCUUACACAAUCUCAGAAAAUUCAUAUGGGGGUAAAGCCUUAUGAAUGCAGAAAAUGUGGCAAAGCUUUUAGGUGGCCCUCAAAACUUACACAGCACUGGAGAAUUCAUGGGAAAAUGAAGCCUUAUAUAUGUACACAAUGUGGCAAAGAAUUUUUACAAUUUUCAACCCUUAGAUGCCAUCAGAGAGUUCAUACUGGUGAGAAGCCUUAUGAAUGUACACAAUGUGGCAAAGCCUUUAACCAGAUCUCAAACCUCACUCAACAUCUGAAAAUUCACACUGGAGAAAGACCUUAUGAAUGCACUCAAUGUGGUAAAGCCUUUAGGCGCCGGUCAGAUCUCACUCAACAUCAGAAAAUUCAUACUGGAGAGAAGCCUUAUGAAUGUACUCAAUGUGGCAAAGCAUUUGCAAAAUCCUCCAACCUUGUGUGCCAUCAAAGAGUUCAUACUGGUGAGAAGCCUUAUGAAUGUACACAAUGUGGCAAAGCCUUUAACCAGCAGUCAACACUCACUCGACAUCAGAAAAUUCACACUGGAGAAAAACCUUAUGAAUGUACUCAAUGUGGCAAAGCCUUUAGGCACCGGUCAGAUCUCACUCAACAUCUGAAAAUUCACACUGGAGAAAGACCUUAUGAAUGUACUCAAUGUGACAAAACCUUUAGACACCAGUCAACACUCACUCAACAUCAGAAAAUUCACACUGGAGAAAAACCUUAUGAAUGUACUCAAUGUGGCAAAGCCUUUAGGCACCGGUCAGAUCUCACUCAACAUCAGAAAAUUCAUACUGGAGAGAAGCCUUAUGAAUGUACAAAAUGUGGCAAACCCUUUAACCAGAUCUCAACCCUCACUCAACAUCUGAAAAUUCACACUGGAGAGAAGCCUUAUGAAUGUACUCAAUGUGGCAAAGCCUUUAGACAGCGGUCAACACUAACUCGACAUCAGAAAGUUCACACUGGAGAAAAGCCUUAUGAAUGUACUCAAUGUGGCAAAGCCUUUAGGGACCUAUCAACAUUUACUCGGCAUCAGAAAAUUCACACUGGAGAAAAACCUUAUGAAUGUACUCAAUGUGGCAAAGCCUUUAACCACAUCUCAAACCUCACUCGACAUCAGAAAAUUCACACUGGAGGGAAGGCUUAG